GCCCAUGACUACUUAUUGUUUCUCUCCCAGUAUUCCAAGCAUUUAUGGGACAUGAAGUAGAUAGGCAUGGGAAAUCAAUGGCACUUCCAUGUUAUUAACAUCAUAACCAGAGAAGGAAUCUCUUAUACCGUAGAAGGCCUGUAAAGUUAGACCCAAGCCAUGUUUCCAAAGAACAUGUUCUUCUUUCUCAUCCUCACACUCGCUACAGCAUCAGCAGAAGAUGAAGAUUUUACGUACAAUGGAUUCGGUGCUGCCAAACUGCGGCUAGAUGGCAUCGCAGAGAUCACAACCAAUGGCCUCCUAAUGCUCACUGACACUAGACAGCCAGCCAAGGGCCACGCCUUUCUCCCAACUCCCAUCCGUUUUAAGAACUCGACAACUGGUAAAGCCCUCUCCUUCUCAACUUCUUUCAUCUUUGCAAUGAUCCCCAAGUAUGAAGACUUGUUUGGCCAUGGAAUUGCGUUCGUUCUUGCACAAUCGGCAGAUCUAUCUUAUGCCUUACCUAGUCAAUUCCUGGGACUUUUCAAUUCAAGCAAUUCAUAUUCUUCAAACCAAAUUGUGGCCAUCGAGUUCGAUUCAAACCUGAACCCUGAAUUUAACGAUAUUGACAAUAAUCAUGUUGGAAUUGAUGUUAACAGUCCAAAGUCUAUUAGCUCCUUGCAUGCCGCUUAUUACACAAAUGAUGACGGAGGUGGGUUCAAGAACCUGAGCCUCGUGAGUGGCAAACCAAUACAGGCCUGGAUAGAAUACAGUCACUUGGAUGGACUGCUUAAUGUAACGUUGGCACCAAUUGAUGUAGCGAAACCAGGUGUUCCACGCUUGUCUUCAAAUGUGAAUCUCUCUUCUUUGAUCUCAGACUCUAUGUAUGUUGGAUUUUCUUCUUCGGUAGGACCAUUCAUCACAUCUCAUUACAUUCUGGGCUGGAGCUUUAAGUUGAAUGGAAGGGCCAAAGCACUAGAUCUCUCACGUCUUCCAUCCCUCCCUCGCACAGGGUCUAAAUCGCGCUUAGAGUCUUGGAAGAUUGGGUUGCUGAUAAUCUUGGCAAUACUUUUUUUGUUAAUAAUAACAAUUGGCAUAAUCCUUCUUGUGAAUAGUAGGAUUAAAUUCAGAGAGGUGUUUGAAGAUUGGGAGUUGGAAUAUGGACCGCAGAGGUUCUGCUUCAAGGACCUAUUCUUGGCCACCAAGGGCUUCAGAGACCAACAUCUCUUGGGAGCUGGAGGUUUUGGUAAGGUCUACAGUGGUGUGCUGCCAAACACUGGCAUCCAAGUUGCAGUUAAGCAGGUCUCGCACGAAUCAAGACAAGGUAUGAGAGAGUUCAUCGCAGAGAUUGUUAGCAUCGGCCGCUUGCGUCACCGGAACUUGGUACAGCUCCUUGGUUAUUGCAGGAGAAAAAGGGAGCUCUUGUUGGUCUAUGAAUUCAUGCCCAAUUCUAGUUUGGACAAGUACCUAUUUAACCAACCUAAGUCGAUGCUCAGUUGGGGACAAAGAUUCCAAAUAAUCAAAGGUGUAGCUUCCGCGCUUUAUUAUUUGCACGAAGGAUGGGAGAAGGUGGUUGUUCACAGAGAUAUCAAGGCCAGCAACAUCCUGCUAGAUGAUCAGAUGAAUGGAAGACUAGGUGAUUUUGGCCUGGCAAGACUAUAUGAUCACGGAACCGAUCCCCAGACUACACAUGUGGUUGGAACUUUGGGUUACCUUGCACCGGAGCUCGCCAAGACUGGCAAGGCAACUACAAGCACAGAUGUGUUUGCCUUUGGUGGAUUUUUGCUUGAGGUGGCUUGUGGAAGAAGGCCAAUAGAGACAAGAGCAUCAGAACAAGACAUCGUGUUGGUAGAUAAAGUUCUGGAGUGCUGGAAGGCAGGGACUAUUUUGGAGGCAAGGGAUCCCAACUUGGGGAAUGAAUAUAUUGCCGAAGAGAUGGAGAUGGUGCUAAAGCUUGGCCUCCUUUGCUCGCACCCUAACUCCAGUUCUAGGCCUCCUAUGCGGCUGGUGAUCCUAAUACUGGAACGCGAGGCUCCCCUUCCAGAGAUAUCUGAAGAUGGUUGGAAUGGCGAAAUUUCAGCUAUGGGAGAGGAAGGUUUUGUUGAUAUUGGCAUGUCAGAUAGUUCACUGUUAACCAUGUCUCCCUUCUCAGCAUCAACAACGGAAUCUGUUCCCUUGACAGGCCGUUGAUAGUCGUAAAUGUUUGUAAAAGCAAUGUUUAAAGUAUACCUAGCAUCAUGUAAUGCAUGGUAUAAAUGAUUUUUGUUAUCAUGUAAUGCAUGGUAUAAGUGUUUUUUAUUGCAGUGUGGUUGUUGCUAUAAUUCAAAACUAAAACCGCAACAACUAAAUGCACUGCAGUUUGCUGAAAAAAAGAAAUCCAUUAGAUAAAGAAAAA